GAUUGAGGUUAGGUGCAAAGCUCAUGCCUACAACCGUAUAAAUUCCAAUAUUUAUUUUAUUUUUGUUUUUCAUAAAUUUGAUGAAUCAAGAAAAUUAAGUAAAAUGAAUUAUAUAUGUGAAUUGCGAACGUUGCUUCGUCAUGCAAUGCGAUUUCAACCAAAUCGUUUGAGUGUGGCCAAUUACUCAAAAAGUGUCGAACCAAAGGACGAUGAAGUCUACGACGAAGACAACGAUGGUAAAUUGAGUGUAUCAGAUGUUUUACAAGACGAUGUGGAUUUAACCGAACGUGAACAGCAAAUAGAGCUCAUGAGAAAUAAAUCUCGUUUGAAUACAACACAUCGAAAUAUUGUAUUCAAUAUGCCAUCGUUAGGUGAACAAAAAUGGGAUAAAACAUUGGACUAUAGUCGAAAACAAUUUGGUCGUUUUGGUUCAAAAAGCGGCGUUGAUCCACGUCUAUGCUUUUAUUCGCCAGAAGAAGCUGCCGAUAAAGCUGAAUACGAACGGGUCGCUUAUCCAUAUACAAUUCAGGAAAUUAUUGCAGCAAAUAAAAAAGCAAAGGCCGACAAAAUGGCAAAAAGACGUGAACGUGAAGAUAAAAUCGCACAAAAUCUCACCAAAUUGGAUAAAUGGAUGGUUGAAUUGAAGCAACGUGUUGCUCAAAAAGAGAAAGCAGCAAUUGAAGCGAAAAAGAAGCGCGAACAAGUAUUGGAAGAUAUUCGUCAGGAGUUUGGUUUUAAAAUCGAUCAAAAAGAUCCACGGUUCCAGGCUCUAAUGGAAAGGAAAGAAUUGGAAGAGAAAAAAGCAAAGAAAGCCGCAAAGAAAGCCAAGAAAGAGGAAUAUACGCGUAAAAAAUUGUUAAUGGCGACGGAAAAAGCAAAAGAAACGGACCAAAAAAGUGACACAGUUGAAAGUGACACAGUUAAUGAAGCCGAUGAAGAAGAAGUUGCCGCAAAAUCAGAAGAUUUGCCUAAAAAAAAGGCCAAAAAGGGUAAAGACAAGGAUAGCUCAUCGUCUAGCGACAGCGAAAGUGAUGACGAGGAUAACAACAAGAAGAAAAAAUAAUGCGCUUAGUCCAAGCAUGAACAUUGUCUUUAGUUAUUGUUGAUGGCAUUUUUUAUUCAAUAAAAAAUGAUGUAUUUAAAAAGAAGGAAAAAAAAUACAAUCAGUUUUUUUUAA